AUGGCUGUGGUCAACCCCGUGCCCAAACUCUACAGAUCGGUUAUUGAAGAUGUAAUUGAAAGAGUGUGGAAUCUAUUUGCUGAAGAAGGUAUAGAGGAACAAGUCUUGAAAGACUUGAAGCAGCUCUGGGAAACCAAGGUUCUACAGUCUAAAGCAACUGAAGACUUCUUCAGGAACAACGUGCAGUCGUCUCUCUUCACCCUGCAGCUGCCCCACGGCUUAUACCAAACGUUGCAAACGUCAACAGCAUCUUUAGUUAUUCCUGCUGGGAGAACGAUUCAAUUUAACACAGCAGAACUGGGCACUUCAAACUCCAGUGCAAACCUUACUUUUCCUUCCAGUAUUGGCUAUCCUAUCCAUGUACCAGCUGGUGUGACGCUACAGACUGCAUCUGGCCACCUUUAUAAAGUCAAUGUACCAGUGAUUGUGACGUGGACCCGUGGACUAGCAAGCGCCCCCCAGCACUCACUUCAGCAACUGCUCCAGCCUUUCGGGCCGCCCUCAGUAAUACAGACCGGCAUUCCGUAAUUGAGCCCAUCAGCGCUCCAAGCGACUACUGAAAAAUCACAGAGGCUGGACACUGUGUUCCCACAGCCCACUCUUCUACAUUCCGGGAUAGCAGAUACGAAACACCUAGGAAAUGUCACCACUGAUAUAUUUGUACCGCCUGGAAAUGAGCACAGAAUCAUGUCAGAAGCAUUGUUGAGCCAGCAGGAAAGCCCUCAGUACAUCAGUCUCCUAGGUGUUGUGUUUGCUCCACAGAUCCCUCCCAUCGAUGCGAAAGUGGAGCUAGCGCUCGGUGUUUCCACCAGCACGACUCCAACCCUGCAUGGUGAGCCCUUUGCGACAGCCCCCCAGGGGGCUGUGCAUCAGCACACAACUAAUGCUCAGUGUUGUGUUCUUAAAAAUAGGAUGGAUGGAUGUGAUUCUGUAAAGGAGCCAAGACACAGAGAGGAGCCUGUCAACCUACCUAUUUCCAAGAAGCAAUCUAAUUCUCAGAUGGAUUUACAUAUUCCAGCCAUUGAUGAUGAUAUCAAUGAAAUCAUUCAAAUAGAUGGAACUGGAGAUACAUCUUCCAGUGAAGAAGUGGGAAGUACAAGAGAUGUCGAUGAGGCUGACUUUCCAGGGACUGCUGAUGGGGAAGAUCUGAAAUCACUGGAAGAAGAAGGUGACAGUAUAUCAAAUGAAGGUUCGACUGUUAAUAGCAGUGAUAAUGAAGAGCCCGGAAGAGACAUCAUAGAAGAGGAUCCUUUAAAUUCUGGAGAUGAUGUUAGUGAGCAGGAUGUGCCAGACCUGUUUGACAUAGAUAAUGUAAUUGUCUGUCAGUAUGACAAGAUUCAUUGAAACAAGAACAAAUGGAAAUUCUAUUUGAAAGACGGUGUUAUGUGUUUUGGAGGGAAAGACUAUGUAUUUGCCAAAGCUAUUGGUGAUGCGGAGUGGUAA